CACCGGUCGUUGCCUAAUUUCUUUGAAUUCCAGUCAUUCAAAUCCUUUCCUUUAUCUAAUGUCUUCUGCACACAAUAACUCUGUCGAAGCUCCAAAGGGAGCAACUGAUGCUGUGCUUGUGCAGUCUGAAGAAAUGCCAGCCGAUACCCCACUCAUUGAAGGACCUGAUUUCAACAAGGUCUUGUCAUUGUCGGACUUGCUCGCAACUUAUAAACAUAUGGGCUUCCAGGCCAGUGGUUUAGGUAAAGCAAUUGACAUUGUUGAAAAAAUGAGAAAUUGGAGAUUGUCAGACGAACCCAUCGCCGAGGACGAACCUGAAGAGUUUCGGGACCCUCAAGUCCGAGCCAAUACCAAGUGUAAGAUCUUCUUAGGAUAUACCUCCAACCUUGUAUCGUCAGGAGUGAGAGAAAUCAUCAAGUUUUUGGUUCAACAUAAGAUGGUGGAUGUCAUCGUUGCUACUGCGGGAGGCGUUGAAGAAGACUUUAUCAAGUGUCUUGCUCCCACUUAUCUCGGUGACUUUGCAUUGGAUGGUGCAAGCCUUCGAAAAAAGGGACUCAACCGAAUUGGUAACCUUCUUGUACCCAACAACAAUUACUGCAAGUUUGAAGAUUGGUUGGUCCCUAUUCUGGAUAAAAUGUUGGAAGAACAAAAGGAAAAGGGAACAGUUUGGACUCCUUCAUCGAUGAUUAAACGAUUGGGCGAGGAGAUCAAUGACGAAUCCAGCAUCUAUUACUGGUGUGCAAAGAACGAUAUUCCAGUCUACUGCCCAGCCAUCACAGACGGCUCCUUGGGUGAUAUGAUCUAUUUCCAUUCCUACAAAAACCCAGGUCUCAUCAUCGAUAUUGCCGGUGAUAUUAGAAGCGUCAACAAUCAAGCCGUAUUUGCGAAGAAGACGGGCAUGAUCAUUCUUGGUGGCGGCAUCAUUAAGCACCACAUCUGUAAUGCCAAUCUCAUGAGAAAUGGAGCAGAUUAUGCAGUUUACAUCAAUACUGCCCAAGAAUUCGAUGGCAGUGAUGCUGGUGCUCGACCUGAUGAAGCCGUUUCAUGGGGUAAAAUUCGACUCAAUGCCGAAAGCGUCAAAAUUUACGCUGAGGCUUCUUUGGUAUUCCCUCUCAUUGUUGCUGAUACCUUUGCAAAAGGACAUCAUGAGGAACAAAACAAAAAGGAUAAAGCUCAAUAGACAUUUUCUAUGUAAACGAAUCUGGCAGCUUUGUACUAGUCAUAGAUUUUCUGUUCUUGUCUAAUCUCUAUCAAUUGUAUCAUAAUUUCCAUCUUGUUCAUAGACAAUCAUCGUUUAACAUGACGGCCCUCUCAGUAAUUUCCCUUUGAGAAAACAUUGAAUUGUCAGUGUAUUGUAUACCAGCAUG